GCGCAUGCGCAUACGUCUUGUUUAUGACAGGCUAGCUUCGUUAGCCAAGUCGAUUGGUUGAUCUCGUUGCUCUACAUUUUAACUUACUGCCUGCUUUUGAGUCAGUGUUUCGUUCUACUGCUAUCAAUCCUUCAUUGUUUCAACAUGCUACAGUUUCUGGCUGGCUUUACCCUGGGAAAUGUCGUGGGGAUGUACCUGGCUCAAAACUAUGAUGUCCCGAACAUAGCCAAGAAAAUCGAAGCCUUCAAAAAAGAUGUGGAGGCCAAGAAGAAGCCCCCAGAGUGAGCAUCGGGACCAUGAUGCAAAGCAAGCAGAUGCAACCCUGGAGAGAAACUAUUUAUUUUACAUGGCUAUGUUACAAUGAGUGUACAUUUCAUUGAUAAUGUAAAAUGUGUAUAAGAAUAUUAAGAGUGCCUGGAACCACACUUGUUUCUAACCUUAGUUUUAUAGCCAUGUUCUCAUUGUAGCCUAUUUUUAUAAGAUAAAUCGUACAAAAACUGGAUUUAGAGAAUAUAACAACUGCCUAGUGGGAACACUUUAGGUCCAGUGUUAUGGCACUGUUGCCUUUUCUAUGAUGCACUCUGGUUAUUCCUUGCACGUAACAUUCAUUAUAUUCACAUUAGGUGUACACAAUGUUCUUUUAAAGUGAAUUUUAAUAGGGCAUUCAGUUGUUCUCUUCUGUUGUAUUCCACAAAAGCAAAGGUUUUCCUUGAGCAAGCUUGUAGUGUGACAAUAACUGCCAAAUCUUCACAUUCAUGAAUCUGAAUCAGUUUACAAUAAAAUUGCUGUUAAGAA